UUGUGGGUCUGAGUUGGGCCCACGUGUCGGCUCCAUGGCUGCGGGCGGCCCGAGUCAUCUCGCCGGGUCGGCCUGAGGGAGCGGCCGGGCCGGGCAGCGCCGUGAGUCCGGGGGAGCGGCCGGGCCGGGCAGCGCCGUGAGUCCGGGGGAGCGGCCGGGCCGGGCAGCGCCGUGAGUCCGGGGGAGCGGCCGGUGGGUCCCGGUGUCCCGGGCCGGGGAGCGGCCGAGGUCCCGGGUCCUCCCUCCCUCCUUCCACCCCCGAUGAGGCGGCUCCAUCCCCGCGGAGGAAGAGGUCAGCGCGGCCCGGGCACCGCCAGCAGGUGUCGGAGCCUAGGUCUGCGACCAGGGAGAAGUCCGGUGCUCCUCGCUCCACUGUGUCGGCAUGGCAACCGAAGACGAUGACCCGAUUAUACAAGAGAUCGACGUGCACCUGGCCAAGAGUCUAGCCGAGAAACUGUACCUGUUCCAGUACCCGGUGCGCCCAGCCACGAUGAAGUACGAUGAUGUCACCCAUUUAUCGGCAAGAAUAAAACCAAAACAGCAGAAGGUGGAGGUGGAGAUGGCGAUCGACACGAUGAGUCCCAACUACUGUCGGAGCAAAGGGGAGCAGAUAGCGCUGAAUGUCGAUGGUGCCAGCACUGAUGACUCUGGGAGUACUUACGCAACGAAACUCAUGGACAAACAGGUUUUCUCGUCCAUCCAGUCAGCCGUCAACACCUCCCGCUACGCUGCUGCAGUCUACAGGAAAGGCGAGUUACACGUCACCCCGUUACAUGGAAUGCUUCAGUUGAGACCCAGUUUUUCCUACCUGGACAAAGCGGACGCAAAGCACAGGGAGAGAGAGGCUGCAAAUGAAGCUGGUGACUCUUCUCAGGAUGAAGCCGAAGACGAUGUUAAACAGAUCACUGUGCGUUUUUCCCGUCCUGAGACUGAACAAGCUCGACAGCGCCGGAUUCAGUCCUACGAGUUCUUGCAGAAGAAGCAGGCAGAAGAGCCCUGGCAUUACCUGCACUACUGUGGUGUGAAGGACAGCCGGUCUGAACACGAGCGACAGUAUCUCUUCAGUCAGCUGGCUGGCAUGGUGGAGACGUCUGAACUAACAAAAUCCCCGAGUGAGUAUUUGUCCAUGUUGAUGCCUCCGGUUGAAGAGGAAGAAUUGAAGGUACCCCUGGCCCCCAGCAACGUACUCUCAAUGGCUCAGCUGCGGACCCUGCCUCUGGCAGACCAAGUGAGGACCCUGAUGAAGAACGUGAAGGUGGUGCAGUUUGCGAAUCUGAUGGGCCUUCUGGGAUCGGGGGUCGACUCUACAGCUGUGCUGCGGUGUAUUCAGCAGGUGGCCAUGCUGGUUCAGGGGUGCUGGGUGGUUAAGAGUGAUGUGCUGUACCCCAAGGAUACCUGCAGUCCCCACAGUGGAGUUGCUGCAGAGGUGCUGUGCAGAGGAAGGGAUUUUGUUAUGUGGAAAUUUACACAGGAUCUAUGGGUCGUCAGGAAAGAAGUCGCUGCUGUGAUCAAGCUCCCCCCUGAAGAUGUGAAGGACUUCCUGGAGCAAAUGGCUGUUUCACGUGUCAACAAAGGCUGGGAGUUCCUGCUUCCCCACGACUCCAAGUUUGUGAAGAAGCAUCCAGAUGUUGUCCAGAGGCAGCACAUGCUUUGGAUGGGAAUUCAGGCCAAGUUGGAGAAAGUCUACAAUCUCUCCAAGGAAGAAAUGAUGCCAAAGAAACAUGACUCUCAACCAGCUGUGCCUGUGGUGCUGAGCGGGGAGCGGCGGGUGACCACGGCCAAAGAGCGGGUGCGGGAAAACCACGUGGCCCUGGAGAACGAGUACCGGCGGCGGAAGUCGCCCCACGGAGCGGACUCGCAGAACCCCGGCAGCUCCCUGCUGGCCAUCAAGAUCAAGGAGGAGCCACUGAGCGAGGAAGAGCCCAUGGACACGCUCCCGUGGCCGGGCAGCGGUGUGGCCAACGGGGUCCACUCGGACGAGAGCUCCAGGGACUCAGUGGACGAGCACUCGGCCGCUCGGUGCCAGGGCGAGCAGAGCAAGCUGGUGUCGGCGGAGCUGAAGGGCUUUGUGUGCGGCGUGCUCAGGAAACACUAUGUGCUCAGCUUGAGUGAGCUGAAGCGACUGUUUAACCUGCACUUGGCCAGUUUGCCCCCCGGGCACAUUCUAUUCAGUGGCAUUUCGGACCGGAUGUUACAGGAGACCGUUUUGGACUGUGGCUGCAAGCAGAUCUUGGUGCCUUUCCCUCCACAGACGACUGCUUCGGCUGAUGAACAGAAGAUCUUUGCACUUUGGGAAGCUGGGGACUCCUUCGAUCAGCAUCGGCAGAUCCUUCUUGAAAUCUUCUCAAAAAAUUACCGAGUGCGUAGGAAUGUCAUCCAGUCCAAACUCUGCCAGGAUGUUGGAGACAAUCUCAGUAAACCAGAUGUGGACAAGGUGCUGAAGGACUGCUGUGCAAGUCACGGUGGGAUGUGGUAUCUCAAAGGGACCCUGCCUUCUUGACAGCUGCAGAAUGCCCUGUUGUUGCGACUCUGGAGCAGGGCAGUGUAGUGACGGCUAAUGAAGUUAACAAGCUACGGUGAUGGGUUAACACGCGUGUUCCUGUGACGGCGCGGACACUUGAUUGUAACUGGGCAGAACAGGAUGGAAUAAUGCCCACACCCACACUGGGCAGUGGAAAUAAAGACCUGGUUCAUCUGUGCAACUCACUGUUAUUGGACUUGGACCUAUUAACUUUAAUCCUGUGUUCAAAAGUUUUGGUUAGAUGGAAAAUUGAAUCAGAAAUGGAUCUACUUUAAGGAAUCAUGCAAUAUCAUUUAGUUCCUUUCCUUGUUGGAAAUAAUCUUUAAUCUCCAUCCAUUGUAGAUAAUGGUUCAUGGUAAGAUGCAGGUCAGUGACACAUCACCAAAUCAAAAGGCUUGGAUUGUAUUUCAUUCAAGGGAGCUUCAGUCUAAUGUUUUUCCACUAGUGAGAGCUGUUGGCCAGUGAGCUUGAACAAUCCCAGAGUGAGAGAAAGCUCACCCAGUCUGUUAAAAGUUCAAUUUGAUGGUUUAUGGAUUUAAUACUGAUGAGUUGUAACCAAAUCCAAUUUGUUUCCUGGUAGGAUUUUUUUCAUGUAACAUAUUUAUGGGUUUUUUUUAGAUUACAUCCUAACAUGAAAUUGUCACUUUACAGAUGAGGGGAUAUGGGCAGCGAGUGUGGCUGCCACACAUCAGCUAAGAUAAACUGUAAAUAAAAUGGUCAAAGCAUA